AUGAGCUCCGUGGUUGUGGAGAAUGCCGUGACAGGCACGCUGAUAUGCGAGCGCACUGUGUUUCCAGAUAUGACGGUCAAGCAGCUGCAAGAUGCUGUGCAGUCUGCUCUGCAAGACAGCGGCAGCGCCAUUGGCUUUGGCAAGAUCACGCUGCUGCACGAGGGAAGCUUUCUGACAGUUGGGGGCCACACCUUGGAGCAGGCUGGUUUGCAUGGUACGUGCUUGGUUCAAGCACUGCAGUGCCAGCGAGCUCUGAUGGCAGCAGCCUGUGACGACAAGCACAUCGCCUUGGUUGAUUCGGAAACACACUUGGCCCUGCACUCCUUCGUGGCGCACUCGCGCGCUGUGCUGUGCGUUGCAUUCGCUCCUGGUGGACGAUUCCUAGCCAGCGGCUCGCAAGACAACACGGCUCGCAUCUGGGAGGUCAGCCAGGAUAUGCCGUGCAUUCAGGUACUGACAGGCCACCAAGAUGCUGUCGCGGCAUUGGCUUUCACACCCGAUGGCGGGCGUUUGCUGACUGGCUCCUGGGACGAAACUGCGAAGCUCUGGUGUUGGGAGGCGGGGGUUUGUCUUUUGACGUUUUCUGGCCAUACGAAGUCGGUCAACUCUGUCUCUAUUUCUAGCGAUGGACGGCUGAUUGCGACUAGCUCCAAUGAUGAGACUGCACGAGUUUGGUGCAGCGAAGGAGGCAACGGCCUGCUUUCGCUCUGUGGGCAUCAACAUUUCGUAGUUUCGGCCAAGUUUUCUCAGGAUGCAUCCACCAUUUUGACUGCUUCUCUGGACCGCACGGCGAGAUUGUGGGAUGUGAAAGACGGCCGGUGUUCGGUGAUCUUUGCCGGCCACGCCAGCUUCGUGCAACAUGCUGACUUUUCCUGGGAUGGUCACUUGGUGAUUACUGCCUCUGAGGAUGAGACCGCCAAGAUCUGGCAUGUUAGUGGAGUCUGUUUGUGCACAGUGCUUGGGCAUGAUGCUGGGCAUUGCCGGGAGCUCAUCCACGCAGCCUUCGGCCCACAAGAUCAAAUGGUCCUGGCCAGCUACGGCGGUCAGAUUCACUUCUGGCAGCAGGCUGCCUCGGCCUCAGAAGCACCACGUCUGCUGGGCACCACUGCCCUUCGCCACCGAUGCUUGAAUGGUGUUGCAUAUUUUUGGCCAGGCACAGACGCGUAG